AUGGAAAACGAAAAAGCCUUUGAAAAAGUUAAGAAAAUUCUAAAGGAUGGUUGUGGUUGUGCUCUUGGUGCAAAAGGCAGUCCAUGUUCUGGACAGUUUACGGAAACUGUCGUACUUUUCAACCUUAAUAAUUGUUUGGAACUGUCAAAUGACGAACUUGAUUUGGUGGUCCUCGCAAGCAUUCAGGCUUUCACUCACCGUGAGUCCACUGGUAUCAAAAGAAGCAGGAGUCCUCGAUGCACCUUUUAUUUUCAGCCUCUACCAAUCUGCAAGGAGAUGUUUCUUCACUUAUAUGGACUGAGUGAUUCACGAUUUCGACGGCUGAAGGAACACUAUCAGACUUACGGUAUUUGUCCCAGAAUUCACGGUAACACUAAACGAUUACCCGAAAACACACUAUCUCAGGCUACGGUAGAAGGAGUCCGCACAUUCCUGACCAACUACGUCGAGGAAAACGCGAUCUCCCUCCCAGGAAGAAUACCUGGCUUCAAAAGUGAUGACAUCAAAGUCCUGUCAUCAUCCGAAUCAAAGAUCGGCGUUUGGCGAGUCUAUGAAGCAGCGUGCGUCGCUUCGGAUGUACGAGCAGUAAGCUACAGGAAAUUCUUGCAGCUGUGGGACCAGUUUCAUCCUAACGUGGUCAUUUCAAAACCAGCAACCUAUCUCUGUUUUACCUGUCAGCAAAAUACAAACAAACUUCAAAGAGCUGCAAACCUCUCCGACAGAGAAAAGUCAGAAUGCGUAAAAGCCCAUCAGGAUCAUCUAAACUGUGCCCAGUCUGAAAGACAAUACUAUAGGAACUCAUGUAUCAACUCCGAGAAUGCUCUUGGACCGAUUGACACCGAAACAGUACUUGACCGUGAAAGCCGCGAAGCCUGCUCUUUAAACGUCACGGUGCACUAUUCCUUUGAUUACGCCCAGCAGGUCCACAUCCCCAGCAAUCCCAUGCAACCUGGGCCAAUCUACUUCAAGACUCCUCGGAAGUGUGGGAUAUUUGGAGUUAUGUGCGAGGGGCUACCAAGACAAGUCAAUUUCCUCAUAGAUGAGGCCACUUCUGCUGGGAAAGGGGCAAACGCAACAAUCAGUUACGUCCACUAUUAUUUUGAGCACCAUGGAUUAGGAGAGACAGACGCACAACUUAACGCUGAUAACUGCUCGGGUCAAAAUAAAAACAAUUACUUUUUAUGGUACUUCGCGUGGAGAACUUUAAUGAAACUGCAUCAUUCGAUCACAUACUCUUUCCUUAUUGCCGGACACACCAAGUUUGCUCCAGACCGUUCUUUCGGAUUGAUCAAGAAAGCCUUUAAAGUCACGUACGUUUCGUCGCUCUACGAAUUUGCGCGACUCGUAGAGACCUCCAGCACUAGCGGACUAAACAAAGCACAACUUGUUGGCACGCACGACGGACGAGUAAUUGUUCCUGUGUACGACUGGAGUUCGUUUCUCGGGCAGUACUUCAAAAAGUUGCCGAACAUUAAAAAGUUUCAUCAUUUUCGGUUUUCAAACGAAAACCCUGGCAAGGUCUUCUACAAAGAAUUUGUUUCUAGUCCAGAACAGUCGUUUAUGUUGUUGAAGAAUAAUGCUAUUCUUCCGCCACCUUCUAUCCUUCCUGACAUAGUCAAUCCAGAUGGACUUACCGAGGAACGCAGGAACUAUCUUUUCCGCGAAAUCAGACAGUUUUGUAAACCCGGAACGGAAGAUAUCGUAGCUCCGGCUCCAUGA